AUGAGUAUGCCAAAAGCUGAAACCAAAACAGGAACUAAAGCUCCAAUCAAGGCCACAGGUCCUGGGUCUCCCCGAAAAUCCGCUCCAAAGUUCAAGCAGAGAAAUACCCGUCAGUUCAAGAGCAAGCCCCCCAAAAGAGGCGUCAUUGGUUUUGGUGAGGAAAUCCCUGGAAUGGAAGGUCUCGGAACUGACAUCACUGUGAUCUGUCCAUGGGAGGCCUACAGUCACCUGGAGCUGCAUGAGCUCGCACAGUACGGCAUCAUCUGA